UCAAAUAAAUAGGUAAAAAAAUAGGCAAUUCACAAAAUACCUCAGUAGAUUUUGGGAGAGUUUCACACACAUUUGAAAGAUACUGAAGUCAAUAAAUAAGCUCUGUCAAUACAGCUCGAUAUUGUAGUUCUGUGUACCGGGGCUAUGCUUCCUCCCAGCCGGUAGAUGGAAAUGACGCCUCGUUUUAACUAGCCUACUUGAGUUUUGAAGAGAUUCUUCACGCGUAUUUUGCUGGCAUGCACAACAGCUCUUUUCGUGUUUUACGUUGCGACCAAAUUUCACAUUGAACAUUUAAAGAUCUCUGGUCAACAGCAACAACUCGUUUGCGUGCAACUUGCAGUCAAACCAAAGACUUUAACCAUGUCGACAAUCUUCUCUUUCCAGACACAGCUCGUUUCCAUCAUGGACGCGUUAUCCAAAACAACUGUAAUGGAAAUAAGCAAACUGGUCGAGAUCGAGUCGAAGAUGCUGAAAAUUGAGAUAACUCGAGGGCGGAACGAAAUCUCCUCGCUCACAGAGAAACUGCAGCUGAUGGAGAAAUUGCUUUAUAUCGCGCAAGGCAGCAGACAGGACGCAGCAGUAUGCGCAGUGGUGAGGGACGGUUCAGAGAAAGGCAUUGUGGAGCCUGACAGGACAAGACCUGCCAUUAAAAGGGAAAGUUCCUCCACAGAGAUAAGCAGUUGGCAUCACCUUCAAGAGGAGGAGAAUGCCAUAGCGGAACUCCCAAACCAACUGAGAGAUCAGCCAGAACUGAUAGUGGUAAAAGAAGAGCCAUCAGAGGUGGACUGUGAACCUGAUGGGACAAGUGAAAAUAGAAGGGAAGAAUUCCAAGACAUCCACAGAGGCUCAGAAGUGAUGCAGCGUACCAAACCCAUGGCAGAUUGUCUGCAGCCCCUGUUUACUGACAGCUUUGAGACUAUGAGCAGUCAGCCGUCUCUCGCUGUACCAGGGAGGAGGGAAACACAGUGGAAUCCACAGCUUACAACUGCACACACAAACCUAGUUGCUGGGAAAAGCCUAGCCCAAAAUGUUGCCACUCAAAGCUUAAUUGUGCUCAGAAAUAUGAAGCUUCAACACUUGAGGAACUCAGCUGCUAAGAGGUUUGGAUGCUUGCAGUGCGGCAAGAACUUCAGAUGCUUUAGCCAGCUAGAAAUACACCAGAGAAGUCACACAGGUGAAAAACCGUUCAGGUGCACGCUGUGUGGAAAGAGAUACGCACAAAAAGGGCAUCUGUACACACACCAGCGCACACACACUGGGGAGAAGCCCUACCGCUGUCCUAUUUGCGGAAAAGGCUUUAUUCAGAAAUGCACUCUUGAUAUGCAUCAGCGUACACACACUGGAGAAAAGCCUUUUGUUUGUAUGCAAUGUGGCAAGGGCUUUACAAAGAACUAUAAUCUGAAAAAACACCUUACAGUACAUCUAGACCCUAGUUUGAAUAUGUAUGGUAGUGAAUCUGGUGUACGGUACCAACAUAUGGGACAUGAAUAUUGCAAACAGUUAGAAAUAUUCCCUCUCCCUAUCGACAUGAUGUGCGACACCACGAACCGGAGUUUUCGGGCGCAGUUAGCCGCUGUCCUGGACAAGCUAACGAAGACGGCUCUGGUGGAAAUAGGGAACCUGGCUGAUGAAUGCUCCUCUGUCCUUCACUCCGAGAUAUCCCUGCACAAAACGGAGAACGAGGCUCUGAAGAAGAGGUGCUACUUGCUGGAGGUCCAACUGAGAGCAGCCAGGGAGGCACAGACCUUUUCUUCCCAUGUCAACAGUGUCAGCCGCAGACAGCCUGCAGACCAGCAGCAUCUUGCUCCAGCCAUUGAUGGAGUUUAUGGAAAAGACUGGUGCAUGGAUCUGUGGAGAGAAGAAAAAGCCCCAAGUCAAAGAAAAGCAACAGUGGAGCCUGCUGCUAUGACAAGCAUGGGGCCCCAGGUAAUAGACUUAAUGGAUAGGGAACCUGAUCUGAUCUUCGUCAAAGAGGAGGUGUAUGAUGAUCAUCCCAUUGGCCAGCAGAUGAGGCUCACAGAAAGCAGAAAAGUUGGUGGAAUUUUUGACGAGGACAGCAUUCUUCAUAGAUCUGUUGAUGAGCUGCAGCUUAACUCAGGGGAAUUAAGCAGCUACCCCAUGACAGCUGACAUUCAAACACAACAACGCCCACAGCCAACCAUUAUGGACAAGUUGAUAGAUGAUGCAACAAUGAGCAUAAUGGUUGACAACACAAGUUCUUCCUCAGCCACCGCUGAGUACUCAGACUUUUCAAACAAUAUCCUCAUGAAUGCCACCAAAGAACUUCCGCCCAAACCUGGGAGGCCAACCAAACAGUUUGAGUGCUUAUUCUGUGGGAAGAUCUUUAACUAUUUGAGCAGUUUGAAAGUCCACAUCCGGCGACACUCAGGUGAGAAGCCGUUCAGCUGCUCCGUUUGCGGGAAGCGGUUUGCUCAGAAAACGUACCUGAAACUGCACCAACGCGUGCACUCUGGGGAGAAGCCGUACAGCUGUCCAGACUGUGGCAAAAGUUUUUCCCAGAAAAGCUCUCUGAACAUACAUAUUCGAACACACACCGGCGAAAAACCUUACAGCUGUGUGGACUGUGGGAAAUGUUAUGCAUACAAGUAUGGUUUAAAUCACCACCAGUGUUUCAAUUAACCGAUCAAAUCACUUCUGCUAAAGUGCUCUCUGUCACGCUCAGUGGCUUAACUUCCCAACUUGAAAUUAAACUCAAAUGUAGAUGAAAGAUUAAUAUUUAAAAAAAACUCCUAUCUAUAUCAAAUAAAGGCCUAUUACAUAGCCUGUAUGGGAAAUGAUGCUGCCGAGUAAAUAGUAGUUUGUUUGAUGUAUUUUUAGAUUUGUUGCUAAGAAGACUGAAGACUGUCGUUACUAGUGUGCAGUUUAAAUGUUUUUUUGUUGUUUAUUUGAUGGCUUAGGGUUUUCAUUGCUAAAUAUGUUAUUCCCUUAACAAGGUUUUUAAUGUACACCCUAAAAUAAGAAAUACAAUUUUUAUUAUUACUUGUAGAGAUUUUUUUACUUUUACUCAACUACAACACCCCCCCGGUUCCUUCCUUAUAUACCUACUCACACCAAAACAGUCUAGAUUGUAUUAUAGCACUACAGGAAAAGACUACAUUGUGAUUUGGGGUCAACUGUCCCUUUUUUAAAAGCCUAUUUCGCAUCAUGUUUGAUACGUGUCAGAUAAAACAUAUUUGCUACUUACAUUUAAUGUGAGGUUCUUACCCAAGCUAUGAGAGAAAAUGCUUCCAUUUUUUACUCUGCAUGUUGGUUAGAGUGACAUUAUACAUACCUCAGUUCAUGCCACACAAGGCCUGGGUCAAAUAAAGCCAAAUUCAUACUUUGGACAAUUGCUCCAUUGUUUGCACACAUGUAGCAUAAACCUUCAAAACUACCUCUUCACAAUAAUGUAGAAGUAAUACAACUCCCAAUUUGCUUCACUGACUCACCCUUGCUUUAUAUCUCACAUCAUGCCUCAUUUACUAGUAUUGACCUGACUGAAAAUGUCUCUUUUAAAAACACUACUUGUGAAAUGUUGAUGUGUGUUCGUUACAUGUUGAGUUCUGGCUCAAAUGGUGUUACUGUUUUAAAUAAAUGUAUUUGUUGGGCUGCAGUAUGUGUGCAGAAAGACAAAUGGUGUCAGUUGAGUCAAAUUGUAUUGUGUUGGUUUUAAAUGUGAACUAUUUUCAAGAAAUGCUAUUAUAUUCUAUACUGAACCGUCACCAUACCUAACAAAGCAAUUAUCUGUAUACUUUUUUUUUUGGUAAUAAGAUUCCCCUGAAAAGACCGCAGUGAAUUAUCUCUGCCUUGUGCUGUUAAGGUUCAAGGCUUUUAUUGGUCAUACGUACAUAGCUACAGUGUAGUUAUAACGAUGAAAAUGUAGGUCACAGGGUCCUCCAACAGUGAAACACAAUAAAACAGACAAUCAGAACAACAUAGUGCAAGUACAUAGUAAAUACAAAAAGAAAAAUUGUAAAAAAGUCUAAUAAGUGAUUGGAAUGAUAUAUUAGAUAAAUCAUUUCUAAGUAGCAGUCAGAUUAAUGUUAUGAUGUUGUUUCAAGUUCCGGUGUUUAAUAGUCUUAUUGCCUGUGGGAUGAAACUGUCCCUGAGUCUGAUGGUUUUAGUCCGGAUGCUGUGGUAACCCCCCCUUUUCACUAACUGCAUGCCUUUUAAAGAGCUGCAUCAGAUGUGCACUUUCUCAGGUAAUAAAAGUACGAAAUGAAAAAUGGCAAGACACCACUGAUAAAACCGAAUAUUCAAGUUGAAAUGAAGUUUAGAUUAGACACAACAUUAUUGAUAUUUUAAAAAGGAGAGGUCUGUCAAAUAAAAGUUUAAUAAAAUGAACAUUCGUGGCAAAAACAGAAAUAACUAAACAGUCCAUCCGUCCAUCCAUCUUCAAGUGAACUCCUUCACUCGACACUAGACAGUGACUUGCUUAAUACUUGUUUUUAAAAACUCCUGUAGAUACUACAAGUCUACAUACAUGACAUUAUCUCACAUCACUAA